AUGACAACCAGCUCAGGACGCAGCUCUCCGCUGCCAGGCGAGCAGCAGCUGGGUCACACGCCAUCUACAGACCACCAGUCCAUCUACAUCGGGGUCCCAGUGCCUCGGGGGUACAGACGCAAGCGCCGCCGCCGGCGCUCGAGCCGCGACACGUCGGACCCGGAGCGCGACCGUCGCUACGCCCACCAGAGACCCCCCCCGCCGCAGCAGCAUCCUCAGCAUCAGGACCACCAGCGCUACGAGAGACGGCAGGCCCUGGAGGAGGGGCCGGGGGACCCCCUCGGGGAACACCCCCACCAAGCCCCCGACAUCCACCGCACCAUAUCCCCGGCGGCGGAACGGCUGCGCUACAUCCUGGGGGAGGAGGACGAGCUCCCCAAGCCCACGCUGUUCACUGAGAUGGACACGCUGCAGCAGGACGGGGACGAGCUGGAGUGGAAGGAGACCGCCAGGUGGGUGAAGUUUGAGGAGAAGGUGGAGGAAGGUGGGGAGAGGUGGAGUAAGCCCCACGUCUCCACCCUGUCGCUGCACAGCCUGUUUGAGCUGCGGACCUGCCUGCAGACCGGGGCCGUGCUGCUGGACCUGGAGGGCUACUCCCUGCCCCAGAUCGUUGACGAGAUCAUCGAGAAGCAGCUGGCGGAGGGCGGGAUCACCGAGGACCAGAGGGAGAACAUCAGCUUCGUGCUGCUGAGGAAGCAUCGCCACCAGACCAAGAGGACCAAGCACCGCUCGCCCGCCGACGUCGGCAAGACCGGGGGCGCCGCCAGCCGCGGCCCUGGGGCACCCGGGUUCCGCUCUACAGAGGACCUCCGGCUGAAGCAGCAGGCGAACAGCUACGGACGCCUGCGCCACGCCCAGAGUCAGAGUAUGAAUGACAUUGGGGACACGCCCAGCAGCGACCAGCUGAAGAACAAGUUCAUGAAGAAGAUCCCGCGUGAUGCGGAGGCCUCCAACGUGCUGGUGGGGGAGGUGGACUUCCUGGACAAGCCCUUCGUGGCGUUCGUGCGGCUGGCGCAGGCCACCACCCUGGGGGGGCUGACGGAGGUCCCGGUGCCCACCAGGUUCCUGUUCGUCCUGCUGGGGCCCCUGGGAAAGGCCAAAGCCUACAACCAGAUCGGCCGCGCCAUGGCGACGCUCAUGGUGGACGAUCUGUUCAGCGACGUGGCGUACAAGGCCCGCGACCGUGACGACCUCAUCGCCGGCAUCGACGAGUUCCUGGACGAGGUCAUUGUCCUCCCCCCCGGGGAGUGGGACCCCAAGAUCCGGAUCGAGCCGCCCAAGAAGGUCACGCCCGCCGACAAAAGGAAGUCGGUGCUGUCCCUCAACGAGCUGGGGCAGAUGAACGGGAAGGCGGGAGCUGGGGGGGGUCUGAGCGAGGACGAGGAGAUGCCAGCCCCCCACGAGAUGGGGGAGGAGCUGGCCUUCACGGGACGCUUCUGCGGAGGUCUGUACCUGGACAUCAAGAGGAAGCUGCCGUGGGUGUUCAGCGACUUCUACGAGGGCUUCCACCUCCAGUCCAUCUCGGCCGUGCUCUUCAUCUACCUGGGCUGCAUCACCAACGCCAUCACCUUCGGCGGGCUGCUGGGGGAUGCCACUGACAACUACCAGGGGGUGAUGGAGAGCUUCCUGGGCACGGCCCUCUCCGGGACGGUCUUCUGCCUCUUCAGCGGCCAGCCCCUCAUCAUCCUCAGCUCCACCGGCCCCAUCCUCAUCUUCGAGAAGCUGCUCUACGAGUUCAGCAAGAGCAACGACAUCGACUACAUGGAGCUGCGGUUGUGGAUCGGCAUCCACUCCUGCCUGCAGUGCUUCGUCCUGGUGGCCACGGACGCCAGCUACAUCAUCAGGUACAUGACGCGCUUCACCGAGGAGGGCUUCUCCAGCCUCAUCUCCUUCAUCUUCAUCUCCGACGCCAUCAAGAAGAUGGCGGGCUCCUUCAAGUACUACCCCAUCAACACCGCCUUCCGGCCCGACUACGUCACCGCCUACAAGUGCGAGUGUCUGGCUCCCGACCCGACUCCCGCGCCAGAUAACGUCUCUACUCUCCCCGGGGUGAAUGUGACAGAUCUGGACUGGAGCCAGCUCAGUAAGAAGGAGUGUCUGACGUACGGAGGCUCGCUGCAGGGAACGUCCUGCAAGUUCGUCCCCGACCUGGCGCUCAUGUCCUUCAUCCUGUUCUUCGGCACCUACUCCAUGACCGUGUCCCUCAAGAAGUUCAAGUUCAGCCGUUACUUCCCCACCAAGCUGAGGAAGCUCAUCAGUGACUUCUCCAUCUUCAUGUCCAUCAUGACCUUCGUGGGUCUGGACAUGCUGAUGGGUCUGAAGACCCCCAAGCUCAUCGUCCCAACCGAGUUAAGGCCGACGCGCCCGGACCGCGGCUGGCUGGUGAUGCCGUUCGCUAAGAACCCCUGGUGGGUGUACGUGGCCAGCUUCGUCCCCGCCCUCCUCGUCACCAUCCUCAUCUUCAUGGACCAGCAGAUCAGCGCCGUCAUCGUCAACCGCAAGGAGAACAAGCUCAAGAAGGGCUGUGGCUAUCACCUGGACCUGUUCUGGGUGGGCGUCCUGAUGGCCGUCUGCUCCUUCCUGGGCCUCCCGUGGUACGUAGCCGCCACCGUCAUCUCCAUCGCACACAUCGACUCGCUGAAGAUGGAGAGCGAGUCCAGCGCACCCGGGGAGCAACCGCAGUUCCUGGGGGUCAGAGAACAACGACUCACGGGCAUCUUGGUGUUCGUCCUCACCGGGGUCUCCAUCUUCCUGGCCCCGAUCCUGCAGUACAUCCCGAUGCCCGUCCUCUAUGGCGUCUUCCUCUACAUGGGCGUGGCCUCGCUCAGCGGCAUCCAGUUCUGGGACCGGAUGAAGCUGUACAUGAUGCCCUCCAAGCACCAGCCCGACUUUGCGUACCUGCGCCACGUGCCCCUCAGACGCGUCCACCUCUUCACGCUGGUGCAGGUCAUCUGUCUGGCCGUGCUCUGGACCCUCAAGUCCACCUUCCUCGCCAUCAUCUUCCCCAUCAUGAUCCUGGGGCUGAUGGUCGUACGCAAGCUGCUGGACAUGGUGUUCUCCCAGCACGACCUGGCCUGGAUAGACGACGUCCUGCCCGUGAAGGAGAAGAAGAAGAAGAAGAGCAAGGACGAGGACAAGAAGAAGAAGGGGAAGGAGAAGAGGAAAGACAAGAAGAAAACGGACGACCUGGACGACGAGGAUAAGUACCAUGCCUAUUCCAACUGCUCUCCGAGCUCCGAGUCGGACGUGGACCGCAGCAUCACCUUGCAUCUGAAGAUCUCCUGCCCGUCGUCGCCCGCGGUGCCGGGCCGAGGGCUGCCGCCGUGCCCCGUCCCCCACGUCAAGAUCGAGAUGGAGUCCGAGUCCGAGUCCGAGUCCGAGUCCGAGUCCGAGUCCGACCACGUGGUUCACCGGCGCGACAUAAACAGCGAGACCACGCUCUAACUCCGGCGGCAGGGGGCGCCAGAGCCAGCCGUGCACGUUGUUUGCGUGGAGCUCUGAACGGUUGACUUGCAGGACUGUCUUACGCCUGAAGGGGGCAGCGCACCGCACCAUGCUGUGUUCCCAUAGCAACUGA